CUUAGAUUUGAUGACGUUAUGUCGCUUGAAUUACGUAAAUAAACGCUUCAAUGAUUUGAUACGGGACCCUCAUCUCUAUAUACGUUUGAACAUACGUAUACGUAAUGUACCUAACAAAUAUAUACACGAUAUAUUUUGUUAUUUUACACCUAGAUGUAAAUAUUUGCGACAGUUAGAUCUUGCAGCAAGCAACUUUGAUGUUAAGGAUUUCGUAAAGUUUAUUGAUAAUUGCGGCAGGCAUUUAACGUACUUAAGAUUAAGUAGGUGCCAAUUAAUUGACAGUCAUGCUCUACUUAAAAUUUCAGAGAUAUGCAAAAAUUUGAAAGAAUUGGCUUUAAGUCAUUGUCGCGUAGACGACGAAGAAUUUUCGUAUCUCGAGAGGCUAAAUGGUUUGGAGUAUCUAAACCUUCUUGAUACACAUAUAGAAACGCAACGUCUUUGCAAUAUACUGCAAGAAAAUCAACGGAUGCGUGAGUUACAUUUAAACGUGGAAUUUGAAAGAGACUUAAUAAACCAUGACGCAGUCCUAAUAGAGUUGGCAAAGUCGUGUCCUGACUUGGAAGUAAUAAGUACACUGGAAGUACGUUAUCUUACAUCUCGGGGUAUUAAUGCCCUCGCUGGCUUAAAGAAUUUACGUGAAGUGGAAAUUUGCCUAUACAAAUACCGAAAUACUGAUGACAGCUUAUUUAGAUUACUUUCCUCCUAUCAAAACUUGCAAGAAGUUUAUUUGAUCGGCAAUUAUAUAGUUGGUACUCUCAAUGAUCACACGUUGGAAUUACUGGCGCAGUGUAAAAACUUGAAAAAGUUAUGUUUUUAUUACGUGAGACUUUAUACACCUGAUAAAUAUUUCGUUAUUUUGGAACAAUGUCCAAAACUGCAAGAGUUUUAUCUCAUAAACUGUAAUAUUAGUGAUCGCUUAGUUAAUCAAUGGAAGAAAAGAUAUCCUCAUGUGUCCGUCUAUACUGAUGAUUGCUCCCAUUUUCCGACAUAUUAAUUUACUUCUUACUCAUGUUUAUUUUUUAUAUUUUUAUGCUUACAAAUUUACUUUGUA